AGUCGCGCCGGUAAAACGGUCUUUCUAUCGCUUGUACUCUCACUGUACGCGCACGCUUUCUUUAGGGCUAGAACAGAUACACAGAUUUUUCCGGCUGUCCUAUCGGGAAUACAGAUAUACAUAGACAAGUCCUCAGAAUUGUAUCUGUUCUUAGAAAGCUAAUCGUUUUAAUCAUGACGGAGAAGAAAAACGAAAUUAACGGACACGCUGUGUCCGAGACCGUUAUUCCGGUCGUCUCGCUAAAAUCAGAGAAGAGGAAUUGCAAAUAUAAGUUAAAGUCCUUUUUACGUAGAAAUCUUGUAGUGAUCCUGACGGUCUCCGGGGUUCUUGUGGGCGUCUGGCUCGGCGUAAUGGUUCGUAAAAUGAACCUGACGCGAGCGCAGAUGACUUACUUCGCGUUUCCCGGUGAGAUGCUGCUGAGGAUGCUGAAGAUGAUCAUCCUGCCUCUUGUGGUGUGCAGCCUGAUCUCGGGCGCUGCCAGCCUGGACACUCGCUCUUUGGGUAAACUCGGAGGGAUCGCCGUGUCCUACUUUUUGGUCACCACGCUCAUAGCCUCGUCCAUUGGCAUCGCCCUGGCUUUCCUCAUCAAGCCCGGGGUUGGCGCUGGCGCACUCAACACCAACAGCCUGGCGCUGGAGAGCGUCAGCAACAACAAGGAGACCGCCGACUCGUUCUUAGAUCUCGCAAGAAACCUGUUUCCAUCUAACCUGGUAGCUGCUGCUUUCCGCUCAUAUGCUACAGACUACAAGAUGAUUCCAGUGGGAAACACAACGAAUGGGACUAUACUCUAUCAAAAGGUGCCAAUGGGAACAGAAGCAGAUGGGAUGAACAUUCUUGGCCUGGUACUGUUUGCCAUGGUGUUUGGAGUGGCCUUAAGAAAGCUGGGAGCUGAAGGGGAGGAGCUCAUACGUUUCUUUAAUGCUUUCAAUGAAGCCACUAUGGUACUGGUAUCUUGGAUUAUGUGGUAUGUACCAGUUGGCAUCAUGUUCCUGGUAGGCAGUAAGAUUGUGGAGAUGGAGGAUGUGGUUCUGCUUGUCACCAGCUUAGGAAAAUACAUCUUUGCUUCAAUCCUGGGCCAUAUUAUCCAUGGUGGCAUUGUCUUACCUCUUAUCUACUUUGGACUCACUCGCAAAAACCCCUUCAGCUUCCUCGCUGGCCUGAUCACACCUUUCACCACAGCCUUCGCUACUUGUUCCAGCUCAGCAACUCUGCCCUCCAUGAUUAAAUGUGUUGAGGAGAAUAAUGGUGUAGACAAAAGGAUCAGCCGUUUUAUCCUGCCCAUCGGAGCUACUGUAAACAUGGAUGGAGCUGCUAUCUUCCAGUGCAUUGCUGCUGUAUUCAUUGCCCAACUGAACAAUGUCGACCUCAACGCUGGCCAGAUCUUCACUAUUCUUGUGACAGCUACAGCGUCCAGUGUUGGAGCAGCGGGCAUUCCAGCCGGAGGAAUCAUCACCAUUGCGAUCAUUUUGGAAGCCAUUGGCCUACCUACCAAUGAUCUGUCACUAAUGCUGGCUGUGGACUGGAUUGUGGACCGUACCACCACUGUGGUAAAUGUGGAAGGCGAUGCUCUGGGUGCUGGGAUCUUGCACCAUAUAAAUGAGCAGGAGACGAAAAAGCAAAAACAUUUUGGCAGCCAGCAGGAAGAGGAGGAGCUAAAGGAGGUUAAAGUGGAAGCCGUGGCUAAUGUCCAGGCUGAAGAGGAGACCUCACCUCUUGUCACGCACCAAAGGCUGGGCGAUGACUGCUCAUAUAACUCUGCUGAUGAAAAGGAUGGCGUGGAGUCCGUGUUCUAAACUUACUUUCUUCUAACCACUGAAAGCAGUUUAUCCAUUCAAAGCAUUUCCAAACUCAAUCCUUGCUUACUCCUCUCUAAAGUCCGGAAAUACAGGCCGUAUUUCCUGUCUACAAGUUGUGAGACUUACUGUAUAUUUGUUUUGUGGUAUUAGCAAAUAGAAUGGGAUAGAAUGAGAUAGAGAAAUGAUCAUUGUAGUUACAUUCAUACCACUUUUAUUCUGCCAAAACAUUUUUAUUAAUCUCUCUUCUGGGAAAAAUUUCCUUUUUUUUUUUUUUUUUUUUUUACAUGUCUAAAAGGGAGACUAUUCCCUAUUUUGAGUAGUUGUUAAAGAUAGUGAAGAAAAUCAUUUACAGACUGACCUCUUUCACUGGCUCUAUUUAUUUGCUGUAUCUUUACUUCACCUGUGAAACAUUAACCAUUUUGAAGAUGGAAAAUAAAACAUGUAUUGUAAAUAUUUGUUUCCCAGUCUAGGGACACUGAGAUUUGAUGAGGACUGCAUUGCAAAGUGACAAUCUGAAUAUGACUUCUGGUGCAUGAUUUCACUGGUUUCUGGGAAAAUAAGAAGAAUAAAAGCGCCAUUGGAUAUACUCCAGGGGCAUUUAUGUCCGGUUGCUCAUGGGUGUCACAGAAACGCUACUAAAGUAAGAUACUGUAGUGACACCCAGUGUUAUACAUGUGAAAGUACUGUCAUUCUCAGCCAAUCUUUCUUUAUGUUCAGGUGGUAUAGUUCACGUAAACAUACGGUAGACCACUGAUGGACAAAAUAAAAUUGAUGUUGUUUGUUUACAUUUCAGUAUUGAUUUGCAACUAAAUGUGAAUUAAUUAAGUUUAAAGGGCCAUUAAACAAUGAAUUUUAAAUGUAUUGAGAAUUAUAACUGCUAGGUCAACUUGUGAUUUUACAUAAUUUCUUGCAAUUUUGUUACUUUUGUACACAAUUUUUUAAACAUAUUUAUCUUAAUCUAGAUGCUAAAAGCAUUGGCUGCCAAAUUGGUAAAGAGUGUUAUUGGCUGGUUUAGCAAGUUAAUACCACUGUAUGUGUUAAUAAUGUGUUUUUGAAAUAUUACCAGUACAUACAGUAAUACACCAAUCAAUCUUAAAACUGUGACUUAACUAUGUAACUACUACUGAUUUCCCUCAGCUGUAAUAUCUUUGUCAUUAAAUCAAGAGCAAAGUG